AUGAUCAGCGGGGUCGAGAAUAUAUGGAAUGUGUUUCAAAGGUCUAAAUAUGGAUUAAGAUCCGUACGAUUUGCAUCGUCCCGUAGAAGGGUAACGGUCAAACCAGCUGACUCUAGAAAGACGUUUUUGAUUGAUUCCUACAAAGAUUUGAUGGAUAAGAACCCCGUUGUUCUCUUUGCCCAUCACAAUAACUUGAUCAAACAAGAAAAUGCGCAUUUUAGAGCCCUUGUCAAAGAUCUGGGAGGUAGAAUGACAGUGAUAAGAAACGACUUGUUCCAGGUUUAUCUUAGAAACGCACAUUUACCGGACCCAUGUGCACCUGUGAGGCGGAAAUUGCAAAACAGAGCCCACCCAUUGUCACGGUUGUUCCAAGGUCCUACUGCUGCCAUAAGUUUCCCGGAGACGAAUCCGGCUCAAGUGGGAAAGCUUUUGAAGCAAUUAGAAAAAUCUUCCGAUAAGCUUUUCAUUGUGGGUGCAAAAGUCGAGUCUGAAGCAAUGGAUUUGGCUAAAUUAAAUCAGUUUAAACUGUUACCUACUAAACCUGAACUGCAAUCACAAUUGCUGGGACUUUUGCAUAUUUUGAGCGGUGCGGGUCUUGUCAGAACUUUGGAAGCUGGUUCUCAAGCUUUGUUUUUGACGUUAUCGUCGCACCACGACCAUAUGAGCGAGGGUAAAGAGACCACAGAAUAG